AUGGCCGUGCGUCUAGUUAACAUUGAGGAACAUUCCUACAAAUCAAAUCCUUCCUUCGCCGUCGGUGUCCUCCUUCUUAGCUGUCCUCCACCCUCAGAAUUGUAUGAGCGUUGUGUGGCAUCAACGCCUGAAUCGAAAAUUCGCCCCCUAACAAAAUGCAUAAGUAUGCUCACCGCGUCUAGGGAUGGCCUACGCGCCAUCGGUGGCGAUUGGAUUCCAGACCUUGAUGGCGCUGAUCCGGCAUCAAAUCCUCAGACGCUUAUCAAUACUGCUAUAAGGACCUGCAAAGAUACGAUUGGCCUGGAUCUGUCUGGAUGCACCCGAUGUCCGGCUGAGGAGAAUUUGAGUGCUCGGGAGUUCGUAAACAGCUUUAGUCUGCCGUUUGCGGCAUAUGACAGGGUCGCAUGGCUUAGGUAUCGUUUCCUCGAGUUUCGAUAUAGCCGCUCUGAAGGUCAAGCUUGGCCAUCCGUCAAUGAACUUUUCGGAAAGGGAGGACAGUGGGGCGCUUUCGAAGAUUCACAGCGGCAUAAAUCUCGUGAUUCAACAACUGCAGCCGACAGGAAAUCUGCUCAUUCUGCCAAAGGACAGCUCCCAGAAGACCGGAUUAAAUCUGACACGGAAUCGAUUGGCGCGUCUUCGUCUUCAACCGCGAAAAGGAUUGAAAAUAGUGCUGCUGAUUCAUCCUCCACACACCCUCCUGAGGAAGCCGACUUCACUUCAUCUCAUCGUGUCGUUGUAUACUUUGUGCCUGACAUUUGGUCCAUCAUGCCGGACACGGAGCAGUGGGAGAAAAUCAAAUCCAAAUAUCAGGAUCCAAAGUCGUAUGUCUCUUGUGGCCAAAAAUCCGACACUGCCAAGUCUGAUGUCGCUGCGCCAACGAGCACAUCGAUGGAAGCUAAUGGCGUCACUACACACUCUCCAACUUCUGAUGCCUCAGAGAUGUCCGACGGCCCAACAACUGCACAAGUUAAGCAGGAAGCAACGGAAACCGAGGAAAUUCGUGCAAGCGCAUCAGGAGGCCUCGCGGAAACGGAUUCUGGAUCAUCUGGGACUCAAACAGAACCGCCCGCAGUACAAGAGGUGCAACCCUGUGUUUAG